AUGUGGGAUCGUAAAUUAAAUUUUUAUAUAAUAUAUUUGUUCAUAAUAAUUCAGUGUGCCAGUACGGCAGAGAACCAUCCUGCAUGGCGAUGGCAAUGCGAAGACAGCAAGUGUGUGAAAAUGAAACAUGACCCAGAAGGCACUGAUCUAGCUCUGUCAUUGGAAGCCUGCAAAAUGUUCUGUAAUCAAUAUGGUCUUUUAUGGCCAAGACCAACAGGAACAACGGACUUGGGCAGGUUUCUGUCCAAAAUAAACAUGAACAAUAUAGAGAUAUUGAUUCAGAAGCGAGGAAGGUCAGAUGAUUUGAUGAAUGCCGCUGGUCGGAGAUUCAAAAGCGUGGUAUCUAAAGCGGUUCCCAGUGGUCUAACGCCGAAGCUCACGGGCAAAGCUGUAUAUGUGUACCUUGUUAACGAAAACCCUGAUGUUAAUGAGUUCUCAUUAGACAUGGACGAAAGCUACGGAAUACGAGUGUCCCCCGAGUCCAAUGAGCGCAUCAAUGCUACGAUUUCCGCAAACACUUUCUUCGGUAUUCGAAACGGAUUGGAAACUUUGUCGCAGCUUAUUCUGUAUGAUCCUGAUAGACAACAAUUACUGAUGACAAGAGAUGUUAUCAUCAAUGACAAACCUGUGUACUCAUACAGAGGCAUCCUUUUAGACACAGCUAGAAACUAUUACGGUGUUGAUUCUAUUAAAGCUACCAUUGAGGCAAUGGCAACGGUUAAAUUGAACACCUUCCACUGGCACAUCACAGACAGUCACAGUUUCCCGCUCGUUUCUAAACGGCGGCCAAACUUGACUAAAUAUGGCGCUUACAGUCCUAGCAAAGUGUACACGGCCGAGGCGAUACGCGACGUGGUGCAGUUCGCGCUCGAGCGCGGUGUGCGCGUGCUUCCCGAGUUCGACGCGCCGGCGCACGUGGGCGAGGGCUGGCAGGAUACAGACCUCACUGUCUGCUUUAAGGCAGAACCAUGGGGCUCGUACUGUGUCGAGCCGCCGUGUGGACAACUCAACCCGACUAAGCCCGAAGUAUACAAUGUGUUGGAAGAUAUUUACAUGGACAUGGCCGAACUGUUCACGACGACGGACAUAUUCCACAUGGGCGGGGACGAGGUGAGCGAGCGCUGCUGGAACUCGUCGUCGCAGGUGCAGCAGUACAUGGCGCAGCGCGGUUGGGCGCUGGACCGCGCCGGGUACCUGCAGCUGUGGAACUACUUCCAGAACGAGGCGCAGGCUCGUGCUUACAAGGCCUUCGGCAAGCGUCUCCCUCUGGUGCUGUGGACGAGCACGCUCACCGACUACAGCCAUGUCGAGAAAUUCCUCAACCCGAAGGAUUAUAUUAUUCAAGUUUGGACGACAGGAACAGAUCCUCAGAUCAAGGGUCUGCUGAAAAAGGGCUAUCGCCUCAUCAUGUCGAACUACGACGCCCUUUACUUCGACUGUGGGUUCGGUGCUUGGGUCGGGAGCGGUAACAAUUGGUGUUCCCCAUACAUCGGUUGGCAGAAGGUGUACGACAACAGUCCCAAGAUAAUGGCGCAGCAAUAUUACAAGCAGAUGUUAGGUGGCGAGGCAGCGCUGUGGUCGGAGCAGGCGGACGCGGCCACGCUGGACGGGCGGCUGUGGCCGCGCGCCGCCGCCAUGGCCGAGCGCCUGUGGGCCGAGCCCGACUCGUCCUGGCAGGAUGCGGAGCAGCGCAUGCUGCAUCUCAGGGAACGCCUAGUUCGUCUUGGAAUCAAAUCUGAAUCGAUUGAGCCUGAGUGGUGUUACCAGAAUGAAGGAUAUUGUUAUGCG